GGCAUUUAUAAUACACAAUAAUAACAGUGUUAUUGUUUAAUAUACAAACAAAUUCAAUAUUACGGUUAAAUGUGUUAACAAUUUUUUUAUUUGUUGAUCGGACAGUCAGAUACCGCCGCCAACGCCAACACCGCCGCCAACAAUGUCUAUGCCGACAGUCGACGACCGAAUUGGUACCGAAUCGGAAAGAGGUCGCGAUUUCUAUCCGCAAGACACUACUGGCCAAUCGCUUGAAUCGGUCGACUGGAAGUCCCGAUACCAGGAACUACGUGACGGACGCAGCGAAUGGGAUACACCCGAAAAGUUUUGCGGUAUGAAACGUCUGGGCGAUAGCUAUCAUCCGGUGGAGGCUUUCUUCAAGAUAACCGGUCUGCCCAGUGAUCAUCAUAAAUUUGAUCGGGUCUGGUAUCCGCUGGUGGCCAGUGUAAUCGGUUUUGGCGGUGCCGUCUAUACUAAUGUCCAAAAGCAGCGACCGUUUUGGUCGGCUAUUCCCCGAACGGUGGCCGCUGUCGGCCUGUUCUAUGCGAUCGGCGAAUAUCUGUGGCGUAGUUCCAGGAGACGGGCCCGCGAACGGGACGCCGUACUCGUACACUAUCUACUGGUUCACGAGCAGGACUUUCCCCGAAUCGAGCGCAAAAAGUUUGGCCAAAUAGUUAAGCCGUGGUAUCCGUGGAGACAGGGAAUCGAUGGCAAGUUUGUCCACAAAGAGAUGCCUCAGUAGUGGUGGUGAUAAUGACUGACUGACUGACUGUUGUUAUUAUCAUUAGUUUAUAUAUAUAUAUAUAAAACAAUUAUUAUUAUUAUUACUAUUAGUUAUU